CCAUAGCUAGAGCCAUCUGUUGGUAUAUUAACACAGAAGACAAUCAUCUGUUUAUAUUUUCUCGUGGUUUUCAUGUUUUUAUUGAAUGUUAUUAUUAGCACAUUAUAAUCAUUAAUAAUGUUAUCAAGACGAUUUAUUUCUUUUAGUCGAUCAGUUAAAUUUAAUGUAGAGUACUUCAGAAGUCCUGGAGAAGUUUUAAAUUGUAAUAAAUAUGUUGGUGUUCAUCAAUGCUUUCGUAAGAUUUCUGCCGAUUCGACCAUUUCUUCCAAGCCAUCCAAAAAGAAGAUCUUCUUGGUUGGUGGAUUAACUUUUUGUGCGACCUAUGCAGCAAUGGAAGGAGUCAGUCAAUAUUGGAAUAAGCCAGGUAAAUUUGCUGGUGAUCAUGGAAAGUCUAAUGAGAAUCAUCUUGAAUGGGAUAGUUAUUUGAGGACAGUAAAGAAUAAGCCUAAAGGAACUGUUGCUGGUUAUGUCAUCCCAAAAGAAAAGUUACCCAGUAUUCCAGUUUCUCGAGAAGUCGGUGGUCCUUACGAGCUGAAUGGAGUCACUUUCUCGUUGUUUCAGUAUCAAACCUGUCCCUUUUGUUGUAAAGUGCGAUCAUUCAUGGAUUAUUAUGGUUUGCCUUACAAUGUUGUCGAAGUCGAUCCUGUCCUUAGACAACAGUUGAAAUUUUCAAAGUAUCGUAAAGUACCAAUAAUGCUUGUCGAUGAGAAAACCAAGGAUGGAAAAGAUUCAUCUAAAUACGUUCAAUUAACUGAUUCAUCUCUGAUCAUCUCCAUUAUUGCUACCUAUUUAAUGUAUAACAAGGAAGGAGAAAGCGUACAACGAAUUAUGGACUACUAUCAGAAUCUGGAUGACAGUCGAAACUUAGAAACUGAUGUGAUAAACAAAUAUUUCUUGAUGAUUGGGGAAAGCUGGACGCCAAAAAAGUUGAAAGACAAUGAAAAUCGAUUGCACGAGGAAAGAUACUGGAGAGAGUGGACUGAUAAUUAUUUGGUACAUGUCAUUUCUCCUAAUGUCUAUCGAACUUUGUCAGAAUCUUUCGAUUCUUUCAAUUACUUUUCCAAAGUAGGGCAAUGGGAUAAAUAUUUUCCAGCAUGGGAAAGAUAUAUUUGUAUUUAUAUUGGAGCCAUUGGAAUGUAUUUCGUUAGCAAACGUCUGAAAAAAAGACAUGGAUUGAAGGAAGAUGUGCGUACGUCUCUCUAUGACACUUGCCAACUUUGGGUGAAAGCAAUCGGUAAAAAUAGGAAAUUUAUGGGAGGUGAUAAACCAAAUCUCGCUGAUUUAGCUGUUUUCGGUGCUCUCAGCUCUUUCGAAGGGUGCGAAGCUUUUCGAGAUCUUUUAAAAAAUGUAAACAUUGGUCCAUGGUAUUAUUCAGUCAAAGAAUUAUGCGAGGCUCAUGCCGGUGCUAAACUUUUAACCAACCCUGAAUGAAAAUAGUCGAAACAUGUAAAUUUAUUGAAAGAAGCUUAAAAGCAGCUCAAUUAUGUUAACCAUGAUUCAAACCAACUCUAAUCAUUCACCAAUUGUAAACUCGUAUCGUGACGUUAGUGUGUAAUAAAUUCAAUAAAUUAUGAAGUAUUAUCUAGAGAAAAAAUUAUGCUUGAAAUGCCAAAAAUGUACAAAAAA